UUGGUUUGAAACGACGUUCGACAGCUGACACGCACGUGGCUUUGUUUAUAUACUUUGGAAAUUGCCCAAAAAAACGCUUAUUUAAAAAAAAUUUAUAACUUUAUUUAACACGAUAGUAUAGACUGUGAAUCAAGCCAAGGAAGUUGUAGUUUUCUGUAAAGCCAUUGCACUGACAACAAUGGACGAAGAACAAAUAACGGCGGCGGCAUACAAUGACCGAUCUAGUUAUGCAAAAAAUCGGAACAAAAAACGUAAAUCUGCCGGUAAUCGUUUCCUCCAGAAUGCGAAAGGAUUUGGCCGGAAGCAUAGUUUUGGGCGCGGUGCCGAGUUGGAACAGGAAGAAUAUAAUUAUUUCCUGGAAAUUCUGGAGGCAUUGAACGGGAUGACUGGUGACGACACCGAAGAACGAUCAACGAUGGCAAACAACGUGUACGCGCAAAUCAGAGAUAAAGAGAUCAAGGCGUGCUCCAAUCAGCUGAGCAGUCGAGUUCUAGAUAAUUUAUUAGGCUUUACCGACGAAGAGACGCUACAACAUGUAAUGACAGUUUUCGGAGAAAACUUUCGGGUGGUGUGCUGUGACAAAUUUGCUUCGCAUGUACUACAAAAAACAUUAUUUAUAGCCGUUCUACGAUGUAUUGGCGAAAUGCAAGUAGAUGAGGAUAAGGACGCUUCGGAAUGUAGGAAAAAGCGAAAAUCCGAUGUUGGUAGAGAGAUGGAUUAUAAUCUAGUGAUGGACUUCAGCCCGGGACAUCGAAGGGUUUGUGGAAAGUUUGUGAAGAAAGUGGCUAAAUUUUUGUUGAACAAUUUAGAAGAGUUUGUAUGGGAUUCGUUCGGAAAUUACGUCAUUCGGCAGUGCGUUUCGAAUCUAGCUGGCAUCACCGAAUUAAAAAUUGGAAAAGGAAAUUCGGCGGAAAUCAGAAAGCUAAUUGUUCCUGAUAAGUGGUUCAAGUUAAUCAACGAGUUUUGCUCGCGGCUGUUAGUCUGGCCUCAAUUUCCAGAAUUUCCAUACAAUGAGUUUACUUCAGUAUUGUUGCAGAAUAUUUUGACAUCGUUAGAUCAAACGCAGGACAAAUUCCAGAUGUUGCAGAUAGGCGAGAAACUACUGAAUGAUAGCUUCCUAUUGAAAGACCCGGAGCAAGAUCAAAGCGAUGAGAGACAAAAACUUCCCAAAGUUUUUCAUAGAGAUAGCUCGAUUAGGUUGUUGGAAGUUCUUGUAUCAGUAGCAGAUCCCAAUUUUUUCAAGGAUCAGUUGUACAAAAGACUUUUCCAAGGAAAUGUUCUUCUUCUUAGCCAAACGCGAGCCACAAAUUUCUCCGUUCAGAAAUUUUUAGACUGUGUGUCCGACAAGCAUAUCCUUGAGCACUUUUUCUCCGAGUUAGAAGUUGGUCUGGAAGAAAUUUUGCAGCUUGGUCACACCGGAGUGGUGGCUUCCCUUGCUAAAGCUUGUUCUCGACUAGCUUGCCAACAGGGAAAGUUUGUCAAAUUGCUGCUGGAAGCACUGCACUGUUCCGAUGCUACCGGUGUUAAGCUUUUGACACCGGUUCUGAAUUUAAUGCCUCCGGAGAAACAAUCUUCCGUUCAAAUACACCUGCAUGGAUCGUUAAUUCUUCAGGCCAUAUUAGACUUUAAUAAACCAAUUAAGCUGGUAACGGCUAUCUUGGAGACAAAAAAUGACCAGUUAGCUAAAGUAUUCACUGAUCCGAAAGGGUCUUUCAUCGUCAACGCGUUCAUCGCAUCGAAAUUCGUCGGAGAGAAAUCCCGCGAAAAGUUAAUUCGUCAUAUGGAAGGAUGCUACAUGGAUUUGGCACUCUCAUCACAUGGUUCGCGUGUUUUGGAGCUCCUGUAUGAAUCAGCAGGUUCAUCCCAGAAGGAAGCUAUUGUACGGGAAUUAUCGGAACGAGUUGCUCAGCUCAAUAGCAAACCAUGGGGAGUGAUUAUCAACCGAAAACUGAGGGUUGAAGCGUACCGACAGAAUCCAUCACAGUGGAAAAAUUCUUCAAAGGCCAUUGGAGGUCAGAGGGCAGAAAAAAUCUUCGAUGACAUCGUUGACACGGGCAGCCAAAGUAAGAAGCGUAAGUAAUUUGAAUAGAUUUCUUCCGUCACAUAUAAAUCAAGUCUCCUAUAAAUAGAAAGUAAAGAAGAUCCAUACCCCAGCAA